GUUUUGUAUGAAUUCUCAUAUACAUAUGAUGAUUACCUUGUGAGUGAAGAAAAAUGCAUCGAAAAAGACAAGUUUGAGUUAAAAACAAGACGACCACCCAUCUCUCUCUCUCUCUCUCUCUCUCUAGAAUAGCAUAUAUGUACUAUGUGACCUCAAUCAAUGCCAAGUCUCCCAUUUACAAGAAAAACCAACUUCAAUCUUUUGUUAAAAAGAAAUUCUUUUCGAUGAGAAAGCCGGAACAGAUUGGGGGAGAAAAGGUGGGUAAGAAUACUACUGCGAAUAUGAAGCUUAGAAAGGGGCUAUGGUCACCUGAAGAAGAUGAGAAAUUGAUGAAUUACAUGUUAAGGAAUGGUCAAGGGUGUUGGACUGAUAUCGCAAGGAAUGCCGGCCUGCUACGGUGUGGAAAGAGUUGCCGUCUUCGUUGGAUCAAUUACUUGAGACCUGAUCUCAAGCGUGGCGCGUUUUCGCCUCAAGAAGAACAACUUAUUAUUCAUUUGCAUUCGAUUCUUGGCAACAGGUGGUCUCAAAUAGCAUCUCGUCUUCCAGGAAGGACAGAUAACGAGAUAAAGAACUUUUGGAACUCGACGAUAAAGAAAAGAUUGAAAGUCAGCAACAACGUCUCUAAAAGCUCACCAGACAAUAGCACAGACGAAACAUCCUCUGAUCCAAGUAGAGAUAUCAUGGGAGCCGCUAUGUUCAUAACCAUGCAUGAUCAUGACCUUACGGCCAUGUGCAUGGAAUCAUCAUUGACAUCAACCACAACCACAACAACAUCAUCAUCAUCCAUGCAUAAUAAUUCUAUGCUUAUGAAAAGUCAUGACCACUUUGGUUUAUUGCCACCACUCCUUCAAAAUAACACCAACCGUGAAACAAACGGUGCAUCAAGUUUGUUUAAUGUUUCCCCAUGCAUAGGAGAUGUUGGUAUGGGGGGAUACAUUGAUUGUGGUAUUCUAGAAGUACCAUACAUGAUGGGAAUGGAAAAUGACAAUAUUAACCUUGGGAGUGGGGUAAUGGAUGGAGAUGUUAAUGCUAAUCCUACUAAUUACAUAGUUGAUAAGAAAUCAACCAAUUUUAACCACCACUUUAGUAGGGAUAUUUUUUUUUUUGAACGGCCAACAAAAUAUUUUAUUAAAACCUAG